ACAAGAGAGGUGGCAAAAAACUAGAGCGAGAGGGAGAGCCUGAAAGGAAGCAAUUGAAAGAGAAAGAGGAACAGAGCCAGUCCUAGAGAGAGAAUGUCGGGUGUUUGGGUAUUCAGGAAUGGAGUGGCGAAGCUGGUGUCGAACCCGAACGUAGAGCCACUGGAUUGGCCGGAGCCGUCGUCGUCGUCGUCGUCGUCGUCGUCGCACCGGUUGGGCGGCUCGAAGAAGCGGGUGCUGUUGCACCUGCCGUCGAACCAGGUGAUUGGGUGCUACGCGGAGCUGGAAGAGAGAUUGAAGCAGCACGGUUGGGAGAGGUACUACCCGCUCGGCCAGAGGGCUAGGGCUGACGUCAUCCAGUUCCACAGGUCGGCAGCCUCGGUGGAUCUCAUCACCCUUCCCAGGGACUUCUCUCACUUCAAGUCCACACACAUGUUCGACAUUGUUGUCAAGAAUCGCUCCUUCUUCGAGGUGCAAGACCGCCCAAUUUAGAGAGAGAAACAGAUAGAAGAGAGAGAAUGUAGUGAUAACUUGUAGAGAGAGAUAUACAUGUAGUGAUCCCUUAGAAGAGCAAUACAGAGGCCAUUUUAGAGAGAGAGAGAGAUACAGUGGCUUGUUUUCAUGCUUUAUAGAGAAACGAGGAAUGAAUAGAGAGCUUGGAAGUGAGAGAGAGUAGUUUUAUUAGCUUGUUUGGGAGGAUCUUCACUCUUAAAGGUGAGAGAGAUUAAGGGGUGGCUAUUAAAAAUAGAGGUAUUA